AUGCCGGGUCCAGCUCCCCGGAAGAGGAGACACAACGAAAUCCGCCUCGCCUAUGGAACUCCCUGGGAUGAGCUCAUGCCUACCGAGCUAGACCUAUCAACCCCGCAGCAAGCUGACAAACCCUGGCUGGUCGGUUGUUUUUCCUGUGUCAAUGGGGACAUUCAGAAGGUCCCUGCCGCUGAAGUCCUUGACUCAGCCUCCGCCGAUGAGAUUGGUCAGGGUUCCCCACAAUCUCCCUCCCAAAGGCUGCCCAGGGCUGAGGCACGGUCCGGUGGGCCUACAUGGCCCAUGGAGAAGGGGACACCAGGGAGAGAGCCUCCUCAGAUCUGGAAGGCAUUGUGGGAGCUGCAGAUGGACAAUAUCAUCGAUUUGGAUAUAGUACAGGAGCCUUCACUUUGUUUCAGUUCCCUUAAUACAUCAUGUUUGAAGACUGAUUAUCCUCUGGAAGUUCGAGUUUUGCUCUACAUCCUCUUUAGCACUUCUUCUCUUAUUACUGUGAUCGGAAACCUGCUUGUGAUCAUAACUGUUGUACAUUUCAGACAAUUACGCACAUCAACUAAUUACCUCAUUCUCUCUCUGGCUGUUGCUGAUCUGCUUGUAGGAGGAAUGGUGAUGCCUCCUAGCAUGAUACGCUCUGUGGAAACUUGCUGGUAUUUAGGAAGCACCUUUUGUAAACUACACAGCAGUUUGGAUGUCACUGUGUGCACUGCGUCCAUUUUAAACCUGUGUAUUAUUUCUUUAGAUCGAUAUUACGCUGUAUGUCAUCCGCUUCUGUAUCACAGUAAAAUGACUCCGACUACCAUUAGAUUAAUGAUCAUAGUGUGCUGGAGCGUUUCUGCAGCACUCGGGUUCGGGAUGAUAUUUAUGGAACUCAAUAUUCUUGGAAAUGAAGAGUUUUAUUACAAUAACUUCCUUUGUGAAGGAGCAUGUAUGGUUUUUCAAGCUAAAGCGGCAGCCAUAGUGUUUCCUAUGCUAUGUUUUUACAUCCCUGCAGUAAUCAUGCUAUGUGUGUACAUGAAAAUCUUUCGCACUGCACAAAGACAAGCUCGUGCAAUUCAAUCCACGAAUGCGAAGACAAAGACAGCCGAGGAAAAAGCCGGUAUGAGCAAGUCAGAAAGGAAGGCCACAAAAACGUUAGCCAUAAUCGUGGGAGUUUUUCUGACCUCCUGGGUGCCGUUUUUUAUCUGCAACUGCUUAGAUCCAUUUACAGGAUAUUCAGUUCCUCCGAUUCUGUUUGAUGUUUUCCUUUGGGUCGGGUAUUUCAAUUCAACGUGUAAUCCAAUAGUGUAUGCAUUUUUCUACAGCUGGUUCAGACAUGCUUUCAGAGUCAUUCUUUCUGGGGGAAUAUUUCAAGUCAAUUCGUCACACACCAAAUUGUUUUAAUUGGUUUUUUUUUUCAAGCUGAAACUCGAUGUUCUUAAGUUUUAAUUAACACUGUGAUCAAAUUAAAAUGUUACAAAAAGUCUGAGCAAUGAAAAAGGUGAUGCGAAUAGCUUUCUCAUUCCAUUCAUUUCUAAUUUCUACUCCUGCCUGUGCCACACUGCUUUAAGUAUGAAACCUGAUCAUGGAAAUGGAUCCCC